UAAUUUACUAGCUAAUGUCCAAUUGCCCAGGUUUGACUGCGGGUUGGGGGGGGCAGUGAGCAGUGUAGACUCUCACAGGCUCUCAACGCAGCAUAUUCCAGACUCUCUCUAUGCCCAAGGAAGGGGAUGGAGGUGGGAAGGGGGCUGAGAACCUGUUCCUUGAUCUAGGCUGUCCCUGGGUCGGCCUGGUGUGAUCCAAGCUUCCAGUUCCCCAGGUGUGUGCUCCUUAUCCCAUGAGAUUUCACUUACAGAACACAAAGUCCAAGAUCAAAAUUAUUAGGAAUUUCAAGAUGACCACCUUAGAGCAUCAAACCUCAAUCAGGAAGCCCUUCGGAGCAUGGGGCCCUGGGUAAACAUUUCACUUCUUACUGUGGAGCUGGAGGCCUUGUGUGGACACAGACAUGUCCCCAGGACAGGCAGGGAGGUUGUGUCCUUUGGGGAUCCUGAGUUUGGGGUCACGCAAACAGUGAGGCAGGAUUUGUGAGGUCUUGCCUUCCUCUGCCCUCAACUCCUUCAUGGAGUCGACAUUUGCCUGGCAAAUGAAUGAAUGACUGAAUCCCUGCCUCUGGAGCCCUUCCCCACCCAUUUCCCUUGAGAGCCCCACUGGCCCGAGGCUGACCUGGGGUGGCUGCGUCCUGCAUUAGACCUGCCCUGCAACGUCCAAGCAUGAAAGGAGAAGUCAGAAGAGAUGUUUUCCAGACAUCGGCAGCUCCGAGCUUCCUCUUUUGCUCAUUUGUGGAUGGUCACAUUCCCCUUCCUGUUGGAGCUUCCUUCACGGACAGACAGGCAGGUCCAGAAACUGGACGGCCCUGGGAACUCCUGGCCCCUCGGACAUGGAGAGGCUGUUGCUGCUGCUGCUGCUGCCCCUGCUGUGGGCGGGGCCCCUGCAGAAGGAGUCACUAUACCAGCUGCAAGUGCAGGGGUCGGUGACGGUGCAGGAGGGUCUGUGCGUCUCCGUGCCCUGUAACGUCUCCUACCCCCGGCUUGACUCGACCGACUCCACACGUGUUUACGGGGCAUGGUUCCGGAAAGAGGAUAGACUCCAAGAGGACGUUCUUAUGGCCACAGACAGCUCAACCCGGGGUGGAAAGAAGAAGAGAAAUAGCCCAUUCCACCUCCUCGGGGACCCCAGGGCCAACAACUGCUCCCUGGGCAUCGCAGAUGCCCGCAAGAGGGACAGUGGAAGCUAUUAUUUUCAGCUGGGAGGAGAAGCUGCAGAACACAGUUACAAGAAUAACCAGCUCACUGUGAAUGUGGUCGCGCUAACAUGGACUCCUGAUGUCCACAUCAAGGAGCCCCUGGAAUCCGGCUCCAGCAGCCACCUCAAGUGCUCCCUGCCUGAGACCUGUGCCUGGGCCACGCCCCCCACCAUCUCCUGGACCGGGGCUGCCCUCAGACCCCCGGGACUGGACUCCAAGGAGGCCUAUAACUCCCCGGAGAUCCUGCUCACCCCCCGCCCGCAGGAUCACGGCACGAGCCUCACCUGUCGGGUGACCUUCCGCAGGGCUUCUGUGAGCGCAGAGAGGACUGUCACGCUCAACGUGUCCUAUCCCCCCCAGAAGCUGACCAUCAGCGUCUCCGGAGGAAUUGGCACAGAGCUGGAACACCUGGGGAAUGGCUCAUCUCUUCCUGUUCUGGAGGGAGACUCUCUGCGCCUGGUCUGUGACACCGACAGCAACCCCCCGGCCUCACUGAGCUGGUCCCGGGGGAGCCGGACCCUGAGCCCCUCACAUCCUUCUAGCCCUGGGGUCCUGUACCUGCGCCGAGUGGAGUCGGGCCACGACGGCGAGCUCACCUGCCGAGCUCAGCACCCUCGGGGCUCCUUGUGGGUCUCCCUGCAUCUCUCUGUGCAGACCCGCCCGCAGCUGCUGGGCCCCUCCUGCUCCCAGGAGGACGAGGGUCUGCGCUGCAGCUGCUCCUCCAGAGCCCGGCCGGCCCCCUCCCUGCGCUGGCGGCUCGGGGAGGGGCUGCUGGCGGGGGAGCUCAGCAACGCCUCCUUCGAGGUCAGCUCCAGCUCCGCCGGGCCCUGGGCCAACAGUUCCCUGAGCCUCCGCGAGGGGCUCAGCUCCGGCCUCAGCCUCAGUUGCGAGGCCCUGAACGUCCACGGGGCCCGGAGCGGGUCUGUCGUGUUGCUGCCAGGGAAGCCCAGGAUUGGAGGAGAAUUUGUUCUGGGGGCCAUCGGGGGAGCUGGCGCCGCUGGCCUGUUCAGUCUCUGUUCCUGCCUCAUCUUCUUCACACUGAAGACCUGCAGGAAGGCAGCCCGUGAGAAGGAUGACGCCUGCACACUGGGCCCCACCUCCCAGGGUUACCAGGAUGAGUGUCCUCCAGGCAGCCCCCUGGCCUACCCGCCCCCAGCGGCGGCCGCCCCCUUCUCAGGGGAGGAACAGGAGCUUCAUUACGCCUCCCUCAGUUUCCUCAAGCUGAGACCCUGGGAGCCUCGGGACCAGGCCGCCACCAGCACCACCGAAUAUGCAGAGAUCAAGAUCCUUAAAUGACGACCCUGCCUCCCGCAACCUUCUGCAACCUCUGGCUGGGGGACCCAGGGCUUCUCAGGGAAAAGAGACAUCAGGGACGAUGCCUGAGAGAAUAGUUUUCCAUGUACACGGGCUACCAGCUAGCAUAUGCGAGUCCCGCUGGUGGGGCGAUGGGCGGAACUGGGCUCACGUCUCAGACUCAUCACCAAACACGCGUCUGAGUUUGAACACCUCACCUUCCUUCUCAGUCUCCAACUCUGUAAAAUGGACAUCACAAACCUAACUCACCGGGUUGCUGUGGGCAUCAAGGAAGUAAUUAACGUACAGUGUCCCAUGGGGGUGAAUGUGCAAAGGGCAUCACGCCCAAGGUUAAACCUCUUCCCUGGGCAACCUGCUGGGAUAAAGGUCUGGCAUGCUGGGCCAAAUGGGGACCACUCUGCAGGGCUGUCUAGCUCCAGAGGUGCCUCCCCCCACUCCCAAGGCUGAGCAGAGGUUGUUAUUAGGCAGGAUCACAUCCCUAGGCCCCGUGUAGCCCACCCCUCCCUUCCCUUCCACUCACACUCACCCCCGGGGGGCUUCCUGUGAACACACUGCAAACUGGUCUUUCUCUGAGCCUGCUUCCUGGAAACCCAACUUGUCUAUUUUCUCGGACACAAAAAUCAUUCACUGAUUAUCUGAAAUAAAUGACAAGGGUUCUUUUUAA